CAGAGAAUGGCCAAAAUAGUGAGCGAGAAAAGAAAGAACAAAAAGGGGGGAAAUUGCAGAGAGCGAAGCUGAAGCAGAAGAUGGACACGAGGAGCGCAAGCGAGAAACAACAGCGAUCCCAACGCCAACCGUAAAGAAAAUCAUCCUGCGGAUUUCAGAACCAAUUUCUGGAGAAAGAGAGAGAGCUAGCGUGUGGUAGAUAGAGCCGAAGGUGCUCGGGCAGGGGAUGAUUACGAUGAAAUUGCCGCCCUUCUUCGCCAUCUUACUGUGUACAUCGCCGUUUUGGGGCAAUGCGCCGGUGACGGAGGCGAUAUGGUUGAAUCUCCCGCCGUCGGGGACGAAAUGCGUCUCCGAGGAACUCCACAACAACGUCGUCGUUCUCGCCGACUACGUCGUCGUUUCCGAUGACCAUUCCAGCGCCCCCACCAUCUCCGUCAAGGUGUCAUCUCCAUAUGGGAACAACCUCCAUCACAAGGAGAAUGCUACCCAUGGUCAAUUUGCAUUUACGACUCAGGAGGCUGGCAAUUAUCUUGCAUGUUUCUGGGCAGAUGCGCAUAAUCCAAGUAAGGCAGAUGUGAGUGUUAACCUUGACUGGAAAACAGGAAUUGCAGCAAAGGAUUGGGAAACAGUUGCCAGAAAGGAGAAAAUUGAGAUCCACUUGAAAACCAUAUUCCCUGUUGUUUGUUCCACAUCUAUCCUUUUCCUAUUCUCACACUUGGCUAUCAUCCAAAUACAGGGUGUUGAACUUGAGUUGAAGAAACUCGAAGGAGCAGUGGAAGCUAUCCAUGAGAACUUACUUUAUCUCAAGAGCAGGGAAUCGGAGAUGAGGAUUGUGAGUGAGAAAACGAACUCUAGAGUAGCUUGGUUCAGUAUUAUGUCAUUGGGUGUCUGCAUCAGUGUUUCGGUUCUCCAACUUUGGCACCUGAAGCGAUUCUUCCAGAAAAAGAAGCUCAUCUAAACCUCUUUUACAGGUUAGGUGCCUAAGCUUGGGUAAAGGGCGGAAAAGAAAGUUUUGAAAGGCUUCCAAAGUCUAUUUUCCCCAAAUGUUGCCAAACAAAUUUUGCAAAGUUCAUCGUAGCUAGAGACUUGUUUCCGCUUGAUUGAGCUAACCUUAACUAAUCCCUUAUCGAUCCACAAUCCAUGCACAUCAAUUAUUACUCACUAGGGUUUGGUUAUUUGCGGGUGGAUCGAUGUUGUAUCGUGAAUUAACCACCAACGUAUCAUCCCAACAUAAGAGUGGUAUCAAUCUACAUGGUUUUUCCAUUGAGUAAAUUUUGGAUUUUGUAGAUAAUUAUACAUAUUGUUUGUAAUAUUUAUUUUAUGGUUGUCUCUAGUAUAUCGUAUUUCCAAUCAUAAUCAAGAUUAGGCCAAUUCAUGUAUAAAUAUUAAAUAGUCAUCGGUCCCUUUGAGA